UUCUCGACUAUUGCUCCAGCAUUUCACAUUAAUAUUUAAUAUUUACAUAAAUACUGAAAAGUGUAUCUCUGACAGUUAUUAGUAAUUACUGUAUUGAAUAAAAAGGUUCAUUUAUUGUUAUAAUUUUAUUUUUUCUAAUAUGGCGAGUAUUGAUGCUUGUUUAUCAGUUACACAAAAAAUACUUAAACAAAAAAAGACUUGCAGAAAAUUGUAUAGUAUUCAACAUUUGUUGUCUAAAAGAAACCAGUCGUCGGUAUCACAAAAUGAUCUCGAAAAGUGCGUGAAACCAGAUAUCGACAUCACAUUAUGCAAAUCCUCGAAGCUUAAUGACAAUGUCACCAAUAUUCUAAAAAGUGGCACCCAAAUUAAGUUUGGUACUAUUUUCACAGACCACAUGCUCAAAAUACACUACGACAAGCAUGCAGGUGGCUGGCAGAAACCAUACAUCACGCCCAUGGAACAUCUCCACUUACAUCCCGCAGCUAAAGUCCUUCAUUAUGCCACUGAGGUAUUCGAAGGAAUGAAGGCAUACAGAUCAGAACAUGGCCACAUGAAUCUGUUCAGACCAGAACUAAACUUGCAGCGGUUAAACAAAUCAGCUAGAAGAGUAGGCCUACCAUCAAUAGAUACUGACGUGUUACUCAAAGGCAUUGAACGCCUAGUAUCUAUCGACAACGAGUGGUUACCUGUGUCGGCGCCGCUCAGUUUAUACAUUAGACCUAACCUCAUAGGCACAGAAGGCACACUAGGUGUGGCACAAGCAGAUACAGCCCUUCUCUACGUAAUAAUGUGCACAGUGGGAUCAUAUUUCUCUAAUAAAUUCAAGUCAGUCCGACUGAUGGCCAACCCGAAAUUCACUAGAGCAUGGCCUGGUGGUUGUGGUGACUUUAAAAUAGGCGCUAACUACGCCACCACAUUAUACCCUCAGGAAUUAGCUUCAAAAUUAGGUUGUCACCAAAUGCUAUGGUUAUAUGGUGAAGACCGACAAAUCACAGAAGUUGGUGCGAUGAACGUAUUUAUUUUUUACAAAAAUCAAAAUGGCGAAAAAGUAUUAGCUACUCCACCAUUAAACGGUAUGAUAUUACCAGGCAUCACUAGACAGUCGGUACUGGACUUGACUAAAGAAUGGGACGAAUUUCGUGUAGAGGAGAGAAACUUCACAAUGGAUGAAUUAAUUGAACUGAAUAAAAAUAACAAAAUACUUGAAUUUUUCGGAACUGGUACAGCAGCAGUCAUUAGUCCAGUAUCGUCCAUACUAUACGAAGACGCAGACGUGCAAUUGCCAACCAUGGAACAGUCGAACCCGUUGUACGCGAGGCUGUUCAAAGCGAUUACUGACAUACAGUACGGCCGGGUAGCGCACCCGUGGACCAGAGUAGUGGACGAAAGACCGCAUUUGUACGAAUCUCAAAACUACAAAUAUGCUAACUAACGUCCAAUUAUUAUAAUAAUAUAUCGAUGGAUCGCGCGGCACUCGAUAGCGGUCAACAGAUAAUACAGUAAACGGCAAUUAUUUAAUAGCGUUUGUUUAAUUAUUUAGUCACCUACGAUAUAGGCUCAGAUUUUUAAGCAAAAAAAAAAAUGUUUUUAAUAUUAAUAAUGAAAUACACUCGUCUACUUCGAUACCUAAGUACUUGAAUCGGACAAGUAAUAAUUAGUAGAGCAGCAAAAUAAUUUUAUUCAGUUCACUGUAUAGGAUAUGUACUAUGUAGAGCCAUUUCAUUAUUGAUGAACAUAUUCUGUCAUCCACUCUACAUUAUCUAUGCAUUAAAUUCAUAAAAACAGUUAUAUACAUAUAUAUAUAUAUAUAUAUGUAUAGUACAUAAAGAGGAAAUGGGAAAUGUUUAGAAAA